AUGGAUCAAUACAAGAGAAAAAGAAAAUAUUGCACAAAAUGCAAGGAGGAAUUUUCGAACAGAUAUUUUAAAAGACAUUUGUGUAAAGAUAGUAAUUCUACAAAUGUGGAGGAAGCCAGAGAUUAUGAACAAGUUCAUGAACCAAUGGCUGAAGAAAUGCCAUCUACUUCAACAAUGCCAUCUACUUCGACUGAAAAGGUACUGGAGGCUGAUGAUACAUUUGAAUUGGACAAUGUUCUGGAUGAGGUUCCUACAGACUCUGAAGAAGGCACGGACAUAGAUGACGAAGAACUGGUUGAACUGUUUAUGCAGGACAGUGAAGGGGAAUCUGAGAUGCCAACAGAAACAGAUAAAAACCAUGAAUAUAUACAAAUUAUUUUAAAAUUAUUGUUUAGGUGGCAGGCAGUUUUUUUCAUUUCAGAUAUGGCGUUAUCAUUCAUUAUCGUGCUGAUCAAAUCAAUUUUUUAUCUUGGAUCAUUUUCUUCAUCAUUUAUUGCUGCUCUUUACAAAAGCUUUCCAUCAACACUGUAUCAGGCAAAUAGUUCAGUACGAUUUGAGAAAGACAAUUUCAAGAAAUAUGUUGUAUGUCCAAAAUGUUUUUCUUCGUAUGAUUUUUCUCAGUGUUUACAAAUUAUUGAGGGUGAAAAUGUGUCAAAAAAGUGUAGCAAUGUUGUCCAGCCAAAUCAUAAAUUAGCCAAUUUCAGAAAACCCUGUGGAGAAAUUCUUCUGAAAUCUGUCACAGUAAAUGGAAAGAUGGCUUUUGUUGCUAAAAAAACAUACUGUUAUAAAAGUGUUAAAGACAGUAUUCAUAGGCUUGUGAAAAAGAGAGGUUUUGAAAACUUGUGUGAAAAGUGGCGUCAUCAAAUUUUUUCUGAAAAUGUGUUAAGUGAUGUUUAUGAUGGAAAUGUUUGGAAAGAAUUCAAUGGUUUGAAGUAUAAUUUUUUUACAGAACCUAAUAAUUUUGGACUUAUGUUAAAUGUUGAUUGGUUUCAACCUUUUAAAUAUUCAAAUUACUCAGUAGGUGCCAUAUAUUUGUCAAUUUUAAAUUUGCCACGAGAAGAAAGAUUCAAAAGAAACAACAUUAUUUUGGUAGGACUAAUACCUGACUGUAAAACUGAACCCCCAACAAAUACAUUUUUACAACCUCUUGUAGAAGAAUUGCAGGAAGCAUGGGAGGGUUUCUAUUUAGAUAGUUAUACGUCUCCUUCAGAUCCUGUUAGGUUUAGGUUGGCACUUCUGUGUGUGGGUUGUGAUGUCCCAGCAAGCAGAAAGCUUUGUGGCUUUUUAGGUCAUUCUGCUACUAUGGGAUGUAACAAAUGCAUGAAGCGAUUUGAAGGACUAAUUGGUCAGAAAAAUUAUGGGGGGUUUAAUGUGAAGGAAUGGGUUGAACGGGAUAAAGAUUCUCAUAUGAAGAUGGUGAAGGAAAUUAUGAAGUCAAAAACCAAAACAAAAAGAGAGGAGCUAGAAAAAAAAUAUGGAGUUAGAUAUUCUGUACUCUUAGAACUAGAAUACUUUGAUCCUAUUCGUAUGACAAUCAUUGACCCAAUGCAUAAUUUGUUUUUAGGAACAGCAAAACGUAUGAUGACCCUAUGGAAAGAUAAAAAAAUACUUUUGCCCGAUCAUUUUGAAAAAGUACAAGAUAAGAUUUCGGGUGUGUAUUGUCCAUCAGAUAUAGGAAAGUUACCCCAAAAAUUUGCAUCUAGCUAUGGUUCAUUCAAUGCUGACCAGUGGAAAAACUGGACAAUAAUGUUUUCAGUGUAUGCACUCAAAGAUCUUCUUCCUGAAGAUCAUUUUGAUUACUGGAGAAAAUUUGUUCUUGCAUGUAAAUUUUUGUGUUCAAGAUCAUUGACAAAAAACCAUGUAAAAGUUGCACAUUUAUUGUUGAUUUCUUUUUGUGAAUCUGUUGAAAGAGCAUUUAGUGAUGAGGUCAUUACACCAAAUAUACAUUUACAUGCUCAUUUGGACAAAUGCCUGUAUGAUUUUGGUCCUGUGUAUGCAUUUUGGUUAUUUAGUUUUGAGAGAGAAAAUGGAAUUUUGGGUGCAUUUCCUACAAAUAACAGAUUUGUUGAACUGCAACUCAUGCGAAAAUUUUUGAAAACUGUGCAUGUUGUUGAUAUUGACUGUAAAGAAAGUACUGGCCAAGAUUUUGGGCCAGAAUUUGAAAGAAUUGUUUCUAUGAUUGAUAGUAAAGAUAGAGGCACACUUGCUGAGAUGAAUAUGUGUCAAAAUGUCAAUUUGUCAAAAAUGUCCUCUAGAAAUGUUGAAGUGAGCAUGUGUGAUUGGACAUUAGAU